UUUGGUGUCGCCGGAUGAUGACGUCAGAGUAGGAGUUUAUGAACGCCAUGGCGGCUCAUGCUAGCGAGCUUGAGAUUGCAAAGAAAAACUUAACUGAUGCAAUUGGAGAUAACGUCAAACAUUAUUGGGCAAAUCUUAAGCUCUGGUUCAAGCAAAAGAUCAGUAAAGAGGAGUUUGACAUUGAAGCCCGCCGUCUCUUGGCACAGGAGAACGUUCAUGUUCACAAUGAUUUUCUCCUGGCCAUUCUCACACGCUGCCAGAUCAUCGUCUCCACGCCAGAGGGCACUGGACCAUUACAGUGGCAAGGUGGCUCUGCUUCAAAGCCUGGCAAACCAAAAGGGAAGAAGAAAUGUUCCUCUAGACAGAAAUUUGAUCAUCGUUUCCAGCCUCAGAACCCUCUGAGCGCCGCCCAGCCCUUCAGCCCUCGAGAGGUGGGGGGUGAGGAGGAGGAGCUGCGUCUCAGUGCCCACACUCUGCUGCUGCCCACGCGGGGCCAGCUGGAGGCCCGCAUGAUGGUGACGGCGUUUGAGCUCGGCUUAGACAAUAUCACAGAAGAUGCCGUCAGCACCAUGAUCUAUGCUGUUGAGCACCAUUUGAAAGAUGUCCUGACUGCUGUAAUCACCCGGAGGAAGGCGUAUCGGUUACGAGAUGGUCAUUUCCCCUAUGCCUUUGGCAGUGAUGUCACGCCGCAGCCUUAUCUGAAAAACAGCCUUGCUGCUUACCACAGUGUUACUGAAUGUCCUCCUCCAAGUGCUUCCCUCCCUGCCGGUCCACCACCUCAAGUGUCACCCGAUGAGGCUGAGCAACAAGCCGUUCACUUAUUGGCUUGCUCUGCCGACAGUCUUCCUGCUCCCCUCUCUCCAAUCAGCUUGUUUGAUCUCCUGGAGGCUUUACAGGUUCAUCAUGGCGUGAUGCCCUCCCAUACUAUGUAUGCCCUCAACAUGGAGCGCAUCCUGUCGCGGCUCUGGCACCCCAGCCAUGAAGAACUAGAACAAGACCACGUACACCGGCAACGCCUCGCUGCGAAAGAGGGCGUGCUCGCCAGCUGAGACAGGAACUGUAAAUGAACUGUGGAUAUCAUCAGGAACCAAACACAAACAUAAUCUCCAAACAGAAAUGGACGGGCAAUGUUUUGUUUAAAAAAAAAAAAAAAACAAAAAAAACUUGUAAGAGCUGGAAGAAACACAUUAAUGUUGCAUAGAAAGACAGAGGAUGAGUGGAGCAAGAUGAAACAAAACAGUUGGACAGUGGACACAGGGUGGGCAGUCAGCUCUAGCCAACAGCCAAUAGCUGGCAAAUUAGCACUGUGGCUGCUUUAUAUUUGUCUGGUCCACCAGCCAUUUUGGCAGUCCACCACCAUUUUCAUGUAUUGUCAUAUACUGAGAAUCUAAUUUUGUGGAAAUAAUAUUUGCGUUUCAUUUUCAGAUAUAACAGCAGCUAUGAUUACUGGGCAGGAAAACAAAGUUCCGGCCCAGGUUGCACAGUGGUAGUGUUAAAGUGUGUGUGGGAAAGAAGCCUGAGUGGAAUGGCUGUGUUGCCUGCAGUUCAUCUUGUUCAUAUUGUCAGACAUGCACCGCAACUGUUGAUUAAAAACACCCUGUAAGAAAAGAGAGAGAGAGAGAGAACAGCCCAUAUCUAAUCGUGUAGCAUUGUGUACACGAGUAGGUCAUGACAUACUGCACGUAGGGAAGAUUAAAAAAACCAAUAAAACAAAUGAAAUAUCCCAUGAAGGUGUUUUUAUAUAAUCUGGCUGAUUAGAUGUCAUGUUAGGCUGAAGUUUUGGACUAAGAUAUAGUGGAAACUCAGUGGACCAGUAAGAGCGACAAAGAUGUCCUAAUAGUUCUGCCUUAACAGGUGCGACAGAUGUCAAUCAAGUAGCAGGUCUAAUCAAAGAGUAAGUGAAAACACCUGUGUGGUUUUACUGUGGGUGUGUUGGGUUUGUCUGAUACUAUGGCCUGCUCUGAAACUGUCAGAAGUAUUCCUACAACCUGUUAAUGGUGUCCCUCAGUGUUGGUGGUCCACAGUGUGUACACAGAUUAACGAAGAUCUGUCUGCCAUGUUUGUCUCAUUCAGGAUAAAACGUGUAUAAAUUUGUACCUUUUUCUAUGUUUGAAAUUUACUUUACAGACAGUAGUUAGUAAAAUAAAUUAAAAGAUUUUUUUAUUCACUA